GUCCCUCCAACUCUUACUUCAUCUCCUUUCUUUUCUCUUCCGUGCUGCCUUAACGUGCAGUCGGGAAUUUAGACAGAUUUCUAUCAGAGUUCAUUUCAACAGCUUCUAUCAAUGACUUUGAUUAGCAGUAGCCUAUGUGUUGUAUGUUUUAACAUGUCUUCUCUCUACAGAUACUAGUGCUGAGUGUCUUCAGAGGACAUACCCUCACAUGUCGUAGAUCAGAGUAUCUGAUUGGGGAUCGAUGCUGUCCUACGUGUUCUGCUGGAAGUCGAGUUGGAAAUCAUUGCACAGAGUCCAGAAGUACUUCCUGUCUGGAUUGCGAUGAGGCAACAUUCAUGGAUCGUCCUACAGGGCUCACAGAAUGUUUUUCCUGUGCACACUGUGAUUCAGGUUCUGGUGUAAAGAUAAAGACGGCAUGUACGACUACAUCAGAUACAGUCUGUGAACCUCUGGAGGGAUUCUACUGUACGGACUCUUCAGAAAACGGCUGUGUGAAAGCAGAGAAACACAGCAGCUGUCAACCAGGACAAUAUAUUAGCCUAAAAGGAACAGCUUUCAGGAACACUGAGUGCUCUGCCUGCAGCGGUGGAACAUUUUCUGAUGGGACAUUAUCUCCAUCGUGUCAGCCACACACACAAUGUGAGACAUUGAAUCUUCAGCUGAUAAAACCAGGAAAUACUUCAACGGAUGCUGAAUGUGGAGAACCAGGUUCAGGGUUCCUUUUAGGAGCUGGGAUUGGCAUCGUUGUGGUGUCUGUGAUCUGUUUACACCUUGCCCGGGCUGAGCCCCCUAACAGCUUUGAGGUAGCAUAUGUCACCAUGUUCAGUUGCAUAUUCUCCUUCCAAAGUGACACAUGUCCAAGCCAAGGAGUUGAGGAAGAGACUCGAGGAGUCGAGGCAACUGGCGUUUAA